CAGGCCCGCCCUCUACUGUUGGGAAAAGUUCACCAAUUUCAAUCAGGCGUGGUUUUUCAAUUCAGUGUAUAUUAAUUUCUCUUUUUUUUUUGUCUCUACCAGAUUCCUCCCAUCAUGUCAACUUUUAUUAUGGCACUAGCAGGAUCGUGGAACGGAGGGGAGGGGGGCCGCCGGUGCUGCUGUGCCCUCCUUGAACUUGUUCUUCCAGCGGCGCGCGCGCUAGCCCCCACAGCCCGUGCAGCCAUGGCGAGGAAACCCCGUUGACAAGGCACUGCUUUUUCAUGACGCCCAACCCUUUACUGGAAACAACAAGGGUGUUACAUGACUGGAUCCAUGCAGCCCGACACUAAUCAGUGUCAUGGAUGAUGAGGACGAUCGCCAUCUUCUGGAUAUUUUAGGAGAUGUGGAUGCAUUGAAUGACUAUCUACACGGCAACAACAGCAAGUCCAUUGAAGAGGACGAUGUAGCCAAUGCUGCAUAUGGCUCAGAUGCAUCUUUCUUCUCUGGUGAUGCUUCAAAUACUGGACUCAAAGAUGAUUCCUCCUCAAUGGCGGAGUUUGGAGGUGAUCCGUCUGGAGACAGCCUACAUCUUUCCAGCAGUCUCUCCUUCAUCGAGGACCAGCUGGGGUCUGGGAGUCCUCCUGGAGCUAGCGUCGACCUCGGUGAAGACCAGCCCUUUGACAUCCUCCAGAAAUCCCUGCUGGAGGCUGACAUCACGGAGCAGACGUUGGCACAGGACGCCUUGCUGGAGACGCAGCCCGCACCCACCCUCGUCCAGGCCCCUGCGUCCCUCCCGUCCCAGAAGGUCUCUGGGGGCUACGGAGGGGGUGUGGUCACUACACCGGCUGCGACAUUACCAGCUGGACAAUUCCUUCAAGGCGUGUCCCCACUACCUAACGGUUCCACGCAGCACAUUCAGGUGUUGGGGUCGUUCGGGGCGGGAAGCGGAGUCAUGACGCUGAGUGGUCUGGAGAGAGCUCCUCAGAUUGUGCUGAGGCCAGCAGGCCCCAUCGCCGCUGGGGGCUCUCCGGCUCCAGGCGGGCAGGUGUACGCACCUACCCAAGGGCAUCUCGGUCAAGUGGGCUUUAAGAACAUUCCCCUCCAGAACGUCAUCAUUCAGAGAGGUCCGGGAGGAACCCAGACACUCAUUAGGCCGAUCCAACCUAAACCUCAUCAAGCUGGGGCUCAGACUGUCUUCAGUUUACAGCCCACGGUCUCCCAGUUGGCAAAUGUGACUAACAGUGCUACACCGCAGUACACCGCCAAUGGCUCCAUGGUAGUCGAUCAGCAGCAGGCACAAGCUAACAUACAAGCGGGACAGUUCUUGCUGCCCGCUUCUUUGGCGGUCCACAAUGGCCCCCCUGUGGACCCUGCUGCCCAUACCAAUGCCCACAACGCAGUGCAGAUUGUCGCCGGGCAAAAAUUUACUGCGCAAGCUGGUGGGCAGCUCAUUUUGAAUCAGGGCCCCGCAAGUGGCGGCACGGCUCAAACGUGGACGACCGCUGCAUCCACCACGAGCGCACCGGGACGGCUUGCGCUGGUCAGUCAGGCGCAACCCUUGGGUAGCCCCGUGCAGCGCCUCCUGGUGACGCAAACGGCCAACUGUACGUCGUUGUCCCCCUUAAAUAACGCGGCCACGCCUGCAGAAGAACACAGACAGAAUGCUUCUGGAGCCGCCGUCAAACAAGUGCAGCUCAACGCACAGAAGAGGCCCGCCCCAGCGCCGCUUACCAAAGGAGGAAUGAUUUUACAGCAGCUAAGGGAACAUCACGAGCGGGUGGACAUGCCCGAUCGGCGACACUUUACAUCGUUCAGUGAUGUGCUGCAACGGCUCCUGCCCUACCAUGUGUUUCAAGGCACGCCACCCAGCCAGGAGGAGUUCUCUCAGGUGGAUGAAGAGUUUGAAUCAGUUGCAACGCACGUGUUGAUGAGGACGCAGGCCAUGAUCAAUAAGUACAGACGACUGCUUUUGGCUGAAUCGGAGCAGCAUUCCAGUCCUUCAUCAGAGAUGGUGAUGAUUGACAGGACCUUCAAUCAAGAGGAGCGCAGCUGUCUUACCCAAGACAAGCGCAUGCUGCUUGUCGAUCCAGACGCUUUCUUGGAGGAUUUCUGUUGUGGGCUGAAAUCCAAACGUUUGCAAGAUCCUGUCCCCUCUCCGCCAUCGCCGCCCGCCACGCACUCCGAGGAGCCGGCUUACAGAACAGACUCCCAGCCUGGCUUUGGAGACCCAGGUGGAGGUGGAGGCAGUGGUACUCCACUUCAAGCUUCAUCUGCGGCCAACAAGAACAUCCUUGAGCUGAAGCGAUCCCAGCAGCACUUGGGACAGGAAGGUAACCACUCAUCUUCUGUGGCAUCUGCAGGGGGUCACACAGACCACCAGCCAGCCUCGCCGCUACACCUGGACACAGACUCUGCUCUGGAGGCGGCCGUCAACAGCAUUCUGGAAUGUUAACAAACCAUAAGGAGGUUCGUUCUUGUUUAUUUGUCCAGUUUGUUCUGCUUUUUAUGUAGCACUGUUAUUUUAUUUUGCCAGAUACAUGGGGUCCUCAGUUUACGACUUGACUUUUCUUUCUAGAUAACCUGAAAUUGUCGGAAAGUGUAGUUGUCUAUUACCUACACUAAUCUAUUCAUAGAGUCAGAAUCACCGUAAAUAUUGAAUUAAAAACACAUGUAGGCCAUAAAUAUAAAAUAAUUCUCAUUAUAAACAGUAAAAUCGGCACUAACUGAGUGUGCCUUAUUGUGCUGUGUGACGGCGUUAUUACAUCACUACAAAAACGAAUAAAAUUUUCACCGUGCGUAACCUCGGAAUGUCCCCAUUACAAGUAUAGGAAAAGGUUUGGCUAUAAAUAUAAGUACAGUACGUAAGCGUGCUGGGUGGCGACCAAUUCUUACGCUAUUGCCAACUCAUCAUAAUCGUAACUGCGGUCAAUAUUUGUGUGAAAAACCCUUUUCGGCCAUAAAUGAAAACCAAUACGAUGAACCCCACACACGGCACUUUGUGAGCGUGCCUUAUUGUGCCGCGCGACGCUGUAUUCUUACGCUGCUAUGCAAACUCGUCCGUUACGUGCCAACCAUAACCUCAAAAUGUUAUCAUUACAGAAUGUGUGGAUGGAAACACUUUUAAGUUGUUAGAAAACAAGUGUACAACAGUUAGUACGGUAGUGACUGAGCGUGCCUUCUCGUGCCAUAAUUAUCGUAAUAACUAAUCAUGACCACUUUUUGUUAGGUGUAAAUGCCGUAUGUCAUAAAACGAGGACCCCCCCCCCCGUACUCUGAAGACAGGCACUUCUUAUAAUUACCCACAAUGCUGUGGGAAUGUGCAAUUUAGAGGCUCCACAAUUGUUUUUGGACGGCCAGUUUGCCUCCUCCUCGGCUUUUAUUACGAAGGGUUUACAUGAAGAAUCCUACAUUUCUUUGAUGAAUUGCACUAAAAGCCGUUUACAUGUGACUGCACACAAGCGUCACGUAAGACGCCAUGCCCCCCUCGCUCGCUUUUAUUUGGCAUUUUCUUUGCCCCGCCCCCCUUUCUUUUGUACCUUAAAGGUACGCGAGCCCCUACACAUCAAACACGCAAACUCGCCUAUCAUUUCAAUGUGUUUGCGUUAGGGGGAAGAUUAAUCCUCAGAUUGAGGAUGUUACUUUGUUCAUAUUUUUUUAAACAGUGUUUUUAUUUACUUUGGUUUUAAACUGGAGAGUUUGUCGAUUGUAUGUUUUGUCUUGUUCAGUUUAGUUUUUUUUCUCCAUCAGCAGCACAACCAAAAAAAAGCAUCUUUCAAACGGGACUAUAACUAACUUAAAUUGUCACAUAUUGAAAAUCAAAUGAGUCACACUGAAGAAAUUUAAUCCAGUCCAUUUCUGCCAAAGUUUAAACCUGCAAGUGAGCUUCAACAGCAGAUUGAAGGCCUUUAAAAAAACAAAAAACAUUGUGUACUAGUGUUUAGUGCAUAUGCCUCAUAGCUCCGAGGUUCAGGGUUGAAAUGUAUACAUUUGCAUGUCCUCCUUGGCAUACUCUGGCUUUGUCCCACAUUUCAGAUAAAUGCAGUUUAGGUUAAUUGACGACUGUAAAUGGUCCUUAGUUGUCAAUGGGAAUGAUUGUUGGCUCCAGCUCAUCCGCAUCACUUAGGUGUACUGGCGCUAUAGAAAAUUAAUGAACGGAUAUUCACUCUUCUUCUAUCCGCUUGCUGCGCAUUAAACAAAAUGUCUAAUUAUGGUUCUUAAGUAAGGAUGGAAGGAUUUUUUUCCCCCCGCUUUCUAUCCGUAUUGUCUGACUUGAUCUGUAUAGUUUGUCGUUUUGUAUAAACAAACAAAAAUGAAAAAUAUUUAUAAUUUUUCUAUGGAAGAGGAGGAAAGAAAAGAAUGUUUAAAAAAAAUGAGAAAAUGGCAAUUAUUUUGUAUAAUUUAGACGUCAGUUGGUCAUUGUUGUGUUGCCCACAGCAACAACAAUAAAUUCAUUUUGAAUACAAAUAUGACGGCGAGUCUCUCUUGCUACAUCUGGUCUAGAAAAUAUUAUCCAUCUAAAAAAUGUGCCCGUUCCCUUUUAAAAUUGAUCAAGCUAGCACGCUUGAUGCAUGACGCAACAGCGACACCCUGUGGAGAUUUAAAAUAUCAGGUGGGUGUGAAUUGAAUAAAAUGACUUAAAAUUGACUGUAAGGUGGCAAUUGUGAAUAACAGACAGAAAAAAACGUACACUGCGUAAUUGAAUUUUUUUUAUUUUUCCUCAGUGAAUUAUUUGUAGUUGAUAUAAUGCAUAAUAAUUCUUAAUGGUACUUCCUCCAGCGCUCAUGCUCUAUAAAACAAAACAAUGAAACACUUUAACUCAAAAUGUGACACUGUAAAGAGACAAGUGUUCAUAUGUAUACAUACUAAGAUGAGGGUAAGACCAGACGUAGCUGAGCAUACAAUAUCCGGCCAGCAGCAUGCCAAUGCCGCCCACGCCGCCUUUUCUCACAUCAAUAUACUUCCUGUAGUACCACUGCCAGCCUGUAAGGGGCGCACAGUGCAGAUUAUGAGAGGUACCUUAUGAUGUGGCAGUUGCGAGUAUACAGUAUUUCUAUUUAUAUUUUACCUCUCAGCAUCAUUUCCGCCGCAUCUCCCGGGCAGCGUGGCGUCUUGCAGGCCAGCCACUCAGGAAGCUCCCGCAGUGUCACCUGACCUAGGCUCCGUCCUGCUUAACAAACUUAGAUGAUGUCAGUAUCAUGAUGAUUAUAAGAAUAAAAAACCAAAACAAUUAGGCUUUAUAUUAAUGAUUUUGUAUAAUAGUUAUGAACGGAAGAGCUUGAUUUGUGUUUUUCAAACAAGUUAUGUGGGCCAUUUGAGAUCUUAGCUCAGUUUUAAAUAUUUUUAUAAAAAAUUAAUAAUUUGAAAUUGUAAUUCACAUUUACAUACAACAACAAUUAACUACAUUCAUUUGUACUGCCAUAUACUGACCUGAUGAGUUGCUUUUCCUCAUUUCUAUUGUUGCUGCUGUAUCUACAGUUCUGGACUGAAAGUUCGAAAGGUGUCCUGGCAACACUGAAGUGAAUUCUGUCUGUUGAAAACCAACUUUAGAUGUUUUGAGGUCGGGCAGAAUCGAAGGCUUAUAGGAGGUCGCUUUGGAUCCACUCACAUUAUCUUUAAGCGGAAGUAGAGAGUUUUUGGGUUGUAUAAUGAUAUUCAAACUAGCUGGACUUAAACCUGAUUUAGUGUUCAUUUGAGUAGUUUCAAUGGAAGGCAUGUUGGUCUUGGCCCGGCCCAAUGUGCUGCCAACAUGCUGGACCGUAAUCCUGGGCAUUUCCUUUCCGACGGCCAUUUCUUUUUCUGGGCACUUGAUUUGUUUCCCUUUAGAGGCACUUUGGGGUUUUUGGGACUCUGCAGAUGAUCUGGACUUGGUGCUCGUGGAUCUUGAAGGUACUGUCUCCAGAGUUUGUGGAGCUGAAUCCAUACCUGGAGAGGUUUGGCUGGAUUUUGCCGCUUCUAUUGUGGCACGAAUGCUCUUUUUCUUUGGCUUCACCUGUGGCGACAUAUGUCCACUUUUCCCAGGUGCUUCUGGUGAUGUCUUCUUAUCGAGCUGUGGCGUUUUCGUCCCCUUUAUCUUAAACGAGUCUGCUUCUAGCUGUCCUGGUGGCGAGGACACCGUGGGCUCAUGGUGACUUAAAGCGGGCUUGGCUGCCUUGCAGUAGGGCAAGUGACUCUUUAACCGCUUGAAGGAUUUCCCACAGAACGGACACACCUCUGUAGUUGGGAGGAGAAAAUAAACUGAAUGGAAUUUGAAAAACCGCAUGUUGAUAAUUGCACAUGCUGCUGUCAUAUGCUGAAAUUAGUACAAUUCCCUUUAGGCGCUUUUCAAAAUUACAAUACUCAUGCUACUGUGCAUCCACAAAGUACUUUUGUUUGCUUUUUCCACAUACAGCCUUAUGCCAUACUGGUUUAUAUAUGCCAAUAUGAAUAUUAGCUAUUACUACUAUGAAUAAUACCAAAAUUACUAAAACAAGUAACAUUAGGUCACGUGAUUGUCGUUAUCGAAACUUACCGGGGCUCAUUUUGCAGGUGGUUACGAGAAAAAAAAGAAAGAAUGUAAGUUAUGUUUAAAAAAUACUUCAAAACGCGAAUUCAAAUCAGCACAAGUAGUUCAUGUUACAAAUGCAAAUAACUUAAGCGUCACACGCGGACUUGCGUUCACGGUCAUGUUAUGAUAGGCGAAUGGAAGAAGGACCCAAGUUGCUUUUAGGUGGCCAACCAGAGGCCUAAUCAGAAAUGUGUGGAAUCUUUAUGUAUAAACGCGGUUAGUCAUUUUAGGUACCUCGAUUGAUAGAUUGUAAUUAACUAAAUUAAAUGUGAUCCAUUUAAUUUACGGCUGUGACGCAGUUUUGAUGUAUUAGUCAGGCGCAUUUCCGGUUUGUCGUAAAAAGAAAUCCCCCCCCCCCUUACAACAAAAGUGAAAGUGAACUUUUUACCGCAAGUGGGCGAACUCGAUGAGAAAUAUGUGCAACCAAAUAUUGUAACAUUUCUUUAGAAAAAUGUUUUAUUGAUAAAGAUAAAGAGUGGCAUGAGAGUUGACACAGGGCAAUUAAUUUCCAACAAAAGAUGGCAGAGAACAAGUGUCAGAAACCGAAAAGAAAAAAAAACUAUUGGGAAAACGCAGUGAUUUAAAACAAAAACGUUUCUAGAACCAUUUACAUACAAGAAGAUAAAACUAGGUAUUAUUUACAACAAAAAUGAUUGGGCUAUGUACAACAAAAAGCUUGUCUUUUAAGGGGGGGGGCAACUGGGAAGCUCAGAGAAGACAUUAGUGGUGUUCAGCAAAGAAUACAAACAGUAUGGAGCAUUAAUGGAAAUUAUUUACUGAAUUUUAAAUCAACCCUGAGAGAAGUGUCAGCUCGUGUCUGUUAUUUGGCAACACACUACUGAAUUAGCUAGUAAUAGAAAGCUGUAUAUUUGUUGAUAAGUAAUAUAUCAUUUUGGUACCAUCUUGGUGCCAAGGAACUAAAUUAAAGAGGCCAUAGCCCUGUUUGAUAAAAGAAAGUUCUGCUUUUCCACCAUCUUGUGGUAUACACAAGUAACAGAAAAAUUUAAAAGAGAGCCCAUUCCUUUUGGUCAAAUUUGUUUGGUACGAUGUGAGAUUUUUACAAUGUAAUAUAUGUGCAUUAGCUCAAUAAAGGUCAGGUAACACUGCAAAUUGACUGAGUGUUCCCCCAUCUUUAUCGAGCCAUUGUCAAACGUCACAUAACAAGCCAAACAAAUGUGACAAAAAGCGGAUACACUGGUUUAUUAUGCAUCUGCUGCCAUCAACUGUAAGAGCAUUUAAUUAUUUCACCUGCCAUAGAUAAAUGAACACAGAAUGUUAUUUUAUAAAUAAUUUUUGAAACUGGAUAAUUUUCUGCAUAGCACCUGAUCUCUUAAGGCACACCAGCUGGGAAUCACUGCAGGCACAAAUGCAGAAUUUUAAACAAUAAUUUGGUCUCUGUCAAGGCAUCAGGUUCAGUCAGUUUUUUCCUCGCAGAUUUAUGAGCGAGAAGAUCAAGACCGGGAAGAUACAGGAGAAACGGACUGCUGUUCAUCUACUCACAAAGUAACACGGGGCCUUGGGGUGGGGUAGUGCAACAACUGAUUGAGUUACUUGCCUGAAUUCAGUG